UUUUAUUGUGAAAACAUUUGCCCGGAAGUAACGACUAAUGUCAUUCUGUAUGUGUGUUGCUACGGUGUGAGAGAAGGCUAGUACGCGCAGAGGAGAAGAGGCUGUAGACGUGAGGGAUCGAUCAAAAGCCUGGUAUUGUCAGGUGGAGCUGAGCCUUUGAGCACCAGUGCCGUCCACAAAACCCAGAGUGUCCCGCUGGAUUUGGAAAUAUUUCUGUUAAGGUUAUCGUAUUUUAGAUCCCACACAGGAUGUCUGGACAGAGCAUUACAGACAGGAUAACCGCCGCUCAGCACAGUGUCACCGGGUCGGCGAUUUCCAAAACUGUGUGCAAGGCGACCACGCACGAAAUAAUGGGGCCCAAAAAGAAACAUUUGGAUUACUUGAUUCAGUGCACAAAUGAGAUGAAUGUGAACAUCCCUCAGCUGGCUGAUACACUGUUUGAGAGGACCACCAAUACCAGCUGGGUGGUUGUCUUCAAGUCCCUCACCACCACACACCAUCUGAUGGUCUACGGCAACGAGAGAUUUAUACAGUAUCUGGCUUCAAGGAAUACGCUGUUCAACCUCAGCAAUUUUUUGGACAAAAGUGGACUACAAGGUUACGAUAUGUCAACGUUCAUUAGAAGGUAUAGCCGUUACCUGAAUGAGAAGGCUGUGUCCUACAGACAAGUAGCCUUUGACUUCACUAAAGUGAAGAGAGGGUCUGAUGGAGUGAUGAGAACCAUGAACACAGAGAAACUCCUCAAGACCAUUCCUAUCAUCCAAAAUCAGAUGGAUGUGUUACUCGAUUUCAAUGUCAAUGCCAAUGAACUGACAAAUGGUGUGAUCAAUGCAGCCUUCAUGCUUCUCUUUAAAGAUGCAAUCCGACUGUUUGCAGCAUACAAUGAGGGCAUAAUCAAUCUCCUGGAGAAAUACUUUGACAUGAAGAAAGUUCAAUGCAAAGAGGGACUUGACAUCUACAAGAAAUUCCUUACACGAAUGUCAAGAAUCUCGGAGUUCCUCAAAGUUGCAGAGCAAGUGGGAAUUGAUCGAGGGGACAUCCCAGAUCUGUCCCAGGCACCCAGUAGCCUACUGGAUGCCCUGGAACAGCACUUGGCCUCUUUGGAGGGAAAGAAAGUGAAAGAUUCAACAGCAGCGAGCAGGGCUAGUACCCUCUCCAGUGCAGUCUCAUCCCUGGCUAACACUGGCAUAUCUUUCACCAAAGUGGACGAGAGGGAAAAACAGGCAGCCCUGGAGGAAGAGCAGGCUCGUCUAAAAGCGCUUAAAGAGCAACGUCUGAAGGAGCUCCAGAAGAAUCCAGGUACAGCUACCACAGAAUCCUCCCCUGUCUCCACAGCAGGAGGCACCAUGAACUCAGCCCCUUCCAUUGACCUCUUCUCCACCCCAAGCUCCACCAACAGCAACUCCAAGGCAGCCAGUGACCUCCUGGACCUACAGCCAGCUUUCCAGCAGCCACUGCCUGUCUCCAACACCAACACAUGGGGAGAUCCUUUCACCUCUGCUGCAGAUGUGGAGGAAUCCAUUCCAAACUCAAACCCUUUCCUCACACUACCUGUUGUUGAUGCUGUCCACUCGUCCACGGCAUCCUUGGACGCUGGCAGCCUGUCCUCUAGGACACCUAGCCAUGAAAUGUUUGAUCAUUACAAUCCCUUUUUUGACUCAAGCUCUUCCUUGGCCUCUGAUCUUGAUACUGCUGCACAAGUAGAGACAUUAACCACAGACUCCUUCUGUGGGUCAAGUCCUUACAACACCACUCCUCUCUUCCAAUCUGAGCCACCUGCCUUAGCUGGUCUGUUCAAAGGGUUUACAACCUCCCCAACGCCCCAGCAGCCACAGAACUCUCAAGGCCUUAACGUUGACUUUGACUCAGUAUUUGGCAACAACACCAACGCCAACACCCUGGAUUCGACAGAUGUUUUAGGUGGCAUCCUCAAACCAACAGUGGCGUCUUCACCCAAUCAGGGCAUGACCCCAAAUGGCCAGCAGCCUCACAAACUGGUAUCCAACGAUUUAGACUCGUCACUGGCCAACCUUGUCGGCAAUCUGGGAAUUGGCAACGGUACAGCAAAGAAUGAUCUUCACUGGAGUCAGCCUGGUGAGAAGAAGCUGACAGGUGGAACCAACUGGCAACCCAAGACGGCUCCUUCUACCACCUGGAACCCUGCAACCAUGGCACCAUCUGUCAUGGCCUUCCCUGCCACCACACCAACAGGCAUGAUGGCAUAUGCAAUGCCUCCUCACAUGGGGUCCGUGAUGAUGACGACACAGCCAACUCUGAUGUACAGCCAGCCUGUGAUGAGGCCAGCCAACCCCUUUGGCGCCAAUCCAGGUGCACAGAUGCAGUUUAUGUAACCUUUUUGAAGAUGAUUCACGACAAAGUCAACUAUCCAAGCAAACCUGCAGUUUGCCUCUAAUGAACUCACCGCUCUCUGAGAAUCAAAGGCCCAAAUAAGACUUGUUGAAUAAAAUCACGGUAACUGGGAGCCGCUUUGGCCGUCUCUGAGAGACAUCACAGUGGACAUUGUGCCCGUCUAGUCCUGUCUAAGUCAUAGAAGAUGAAGAAGAGUGUGUGCUGCCAUUCAAACCCAUUUGGACAGGGAUCAGCCCCUACCGUGUCCUGGACAAAGAGAAACACAGCACCCAAAAGGACAGCUUUCUGAUGUCCCUGUUUAUGUACCUAGAAAAAUAAUCAAAAACCAAUUUGGGUGGUUGUCACACUGCUUGUCUAUUUUUUUUUGUUUUGUUUUGUUUUGUUUUUUUUUCCUCUUUCUCCAGGUGAAGCUGGGAGAGUCACUUCUUUUGAUUAUCAGUAAUGAUUCCUCUCUUAAAGCAUCCCCAGAUUAGAAAAAUUUUACACCACAAAUUUUUUUCUUUCUUUUUUUUUUAUUGUUUGCAGUAGACAUUCCUUGUGUAUUGUUUGUAUUUAUUUAUGAUUACCUACAGAGAGGAUGACAUUUUGAAGAAAAUGUAAAUGUAACUAGUCACUGACCUCCUCCUUGUGGGAGGUCUUCAGGUUUAUACAUAGGUAUGAUUGAUUGUAGAAUUGGAUUUUGAGUGAUUGAGAUGAUUUUUUUUUUUAAGUUAAUAUAAGGUUUAAAGAGAUUACACAUUUUGCUGUUGGGGAACUAAAUAUUCUCUGUACACGGAUGAUGCCUUGUACAGUUAUCUGUGGCUCAAUGGGUCACAUUAAGGAUGAGCAUAAUAAUCGAUUAAUACCGUCAAAUUGAUGGGUUCGAUUUCAAUGAAUUGGCGUGGGAACAUUUUUCACAUCAGCAUAAGCACUACAUUUUGUGAUUGAGGCACCAUUGCAUUGGAAAGGAAUCUGCAUUUAUGCUUAUGAUGCUUUUGGCAUGCCAUUUUAUUCUUACAUUUAACAAAGCUGCUGCCUGCCCUUUUCCAACUUGAAUGUGUAUGGUCCCUUUCAUGCUCAGAUCAUGUUUCCAUAGAGCACUGGCGUAGUUCGGACAAUGUGGAGGCACCGGGAGGUGUCGGGUGUAGGUUCAGGUCAGACUGGUAACAGACGUGUGGGUGGGCACUAAAGUUGUGCAGGAGAAUAGAGCACUGUUGAUCGGUGCUUUGUGUAUAUAAAACUUACCCUGCCAAUCAAAGGAAUGGGUGAGUGCUGGUAUGAAACAUGGUCUGAGCAUAAAAGUGGCCCAUAAUUCAUUACCUGAGCAUAUUUUCUGCAUUGUCCCUGCAGAUUAUAUUUUUGUUUGUUUGAUUUUUUCCAAUAAAGUGCAAGCUUCCACA